AUGGGGACAGCAGUGUCCCCACGAGGUGGGGGGGAGGGGGGACACACCCCCCCCGUGACAGCCCCCAGUGCCACCACUCCCACCCGCCGUGUCCCCGCUGUAUCCCCCCCGCAGCCAAAGCAGCACAGGCAGCGCUAUCGCGAUAGCCCCGGCCCCCCUUGGUCCCGGCAGCUGCUUCUCGGGCAGCGCUAUCGCGAUAGUCACCUCCCCCCGACCCCCCCCCCCUUGCUGCCGCUUAUCACCGACCCCCCACACAGAGGCAGGGACGGGCGCGCUGUCGCGAUAAUCACCUCCCGCAGCCUCUUUUCUCCCGGCAGCCGCUUUUCCCGCCGCGCUAUCGCGAUACCCACCGCCCCCCGGCCCUCCCCGGCCCCCUUCUCCCUACAGCACAGCAACCACGGGCAGCACUAUCGCGAUACUCACCCCCCCAGCCCUCCUUCGCUCCCUUCUCCCCACAGCACAGGCAACUACGGGCAGCGCUAUCGCGAUACUCACCCAGCCCCGCCCCCUUUUCUCCCGGCAGCCGCUUUUCCCACCGCGCUAUCGCGAUACCCACCUCCCCCCGGCCCUCCUCCCUACAGCACAGCCAACCACGGGCUGCGCUGUCGCGAUAAUCACCUCCCCCAGCCUCUUUUCUCCGGGCAGCCACAUUUCCCACCGCACUAUCGCGAUACUCACCCCUCCCGCCCCUUUAUCCUCCCAGCAGCCGCAUUUCCCACCGCAAUAUCGCGAUACUCACCCCCCCCCUUUUCUCCAGGCAGCCACAUUUCCCACCGCGCUAUCGCAAUAGUCACCCCCCUCCCAGCCCUUUAUCCUCUGGGCAGCCGCAUUUCCCACCGCACUAUCGCGAUACCCACCCCCUCCUUUUCUCCAAGCAGUCGCAUUUCCCACCGCGCUAUCGCAAUACUCACCCUUCCCCCUUUUCUCCCGGCAGCCGCAUUUCCCACGGCGCUAUCGCGAUACCCACCCCUCCCCACCCCUUUAUCCUCCCGGCAGCCGCAUUUCCCACGGCGCUAUCGCGAUACUCACCCCCCCCGGCCCCCCCUCCCCCGUCCUCCCCCCCCCCCCCCAUGCUGUCUCCCCAGCCGAGGCGGGCAGCUGCCUGCAGGACGGGCAGCGCUAUCGCGACAAGGACGUGUGGAAGCCGGAGCCGUGCCAGAUCUGCGUGUGCGACACGGGGACCGUCCUGUGCGACGAGAUCGUGUGCGAGGAGCUGCGGGACUGUCCCAGCCCCGAGAUCCCGUUCGGAGAGUGCUGCCCCGUCUGCCCCGCCCGCGCGCCCCCCCGGUCCGCCUCUUGGGGCAACCUGGCCCCAAGGGACAGAAGGGUGAACCUGGUGACAUUAAAGAUGUCGUAGGACCCCGAGGGCCGCCGGGACCGCAGGGACCGGCAGGCGAGCAGGGACAACGAGGCGACCGCGGCGAGAAGGGGGAGAGGGGUGCUCCUGGCCCCCGCGGAAGGGAUGGAGAACCCGGCACCCCUGGAAAUCCUGGCCCCCCCGGCCCCCCCGGCCCUCCCGGCCCCUCCGGCCUGAGUGGGAACUUCGCGGCGCAGAUGGCGGGCGGCUUCGACGAGAAGGCCGGAGGCGCGCAGAUGGGCGUCAUGCAGGGGCCCAUGGGCCCCAUGGGACCCGCGGCCCCCCCCGGACCCUCCGGCGCUCCUGGUCCCCAAGGAUUUCAAGGCAACCCCGGCGAACCCGGCGAGCCGGCGCUGCUGUGAGGUCCGAUGGGUCCCCGAGGGCCACCAGGACCCCCUGGGAAACCCGGUGACGACGGCGAGACCGGCAAACCCGGCAAACCCGGCGAGCGCGGCGCCCCCGGCCCACAGGGUGCGCGUGGCUUCCCGGCACCCGGUCUCCCCGGAGUGAAAGGUCACCGGGGCUACCCCGGCUUGGACGGCGCCAAGGGAGAGGCGGGGGCUCCUGGAGCCAAGGGCGAAUCCGGCUCCCCCGGCGAGAACGGCUCCCCCGGCCCCAUGGGUCCCCGCGGGCUGCCCGGAGAGCGAGGACGUCCCGGCCCCUCCGGCGCUGCGGGUGCUCGUGGCAACGAUGGCCUCCCCGGCCCCGCUGGACCCCCCGGACCUGUCGGCCCGGCCGGAGCCCCCGGCUUCCCCGGUGCCCCCGGCUCAAAGGGUGAAGCGGGUCCCACCGGCGCUCGCGGUCCCGAGGGUGCCCAGGGACCCCGUGGUGAAUCCGGCACCCCCGGCUCUCCUGGCCCCGCCGGUGCCCCCGGUAACCCAGGGACUGACGGCAUCCCCGGCGCAAAGGGAUCAGCGGGUGCCCCCGGAAUCGCUGGCGCUCCAGGCUUCCCCGGCCCCCGCGGGCCCCCCGGACCCCAGGGAGCCACCGGCCCGCUGGGACCCAAGGGACAAACGGGAGAACCCGGCAUCGCCGGCUUCAAGGGCGAACCGGGACCGAAGGGCGAGACGGGACCCGCGGGACCCCAAGGUGCCCCCGGACCCGCUGGCGAGGAAGGCAAGAGAGGAGCCCGCGGUGAACCCGGUGCUGCCGGCCCCGUGGGGCCACCCGGAGAGAGAGGCGCCCCUGGCAACCGCGGCUUCCCCGGCCAGGACGGGCUGGCUGGACCCAAGGGUGCUCCGGGCGAGCGCGGCCCCGCCGGGCUGGCGGGUCCCAAAGGAGCCACCGGUGACCCCGGGCGCCCCGGAGAGCCCGGCCUGCCCGGAGCCAGGGGUCUGACCGGCCGCCCCGGCGACGCGGGUCCCCAAGGCAAAGUCGGCCCAACCGGUGCUCCCGGCGAGGACGGGCGCCCCGGCCCCCCCGGCCCGCAGGGUGCUCGCGGCCAGCCCGGCGUGAUGGGUUUCCCUGGUCCCAAAGGCGCUAACGGCGAGCCUGGAAAAGCCGGAGAGAAGGGGCUCCCCGGUGCCCCCGGGCUGCGGGGUCUCCCCGGCAAGGAUGGUGAGACAGGAGCUGCCGGCCCCCCCGGACCUGCCGGUCCUGCAGGUGAGAGGGGAGAACAAGGAGCCCCCGGUCCCUCCGGCUUCCAGGGGCUGCCCGGGCCACCAGGUCCCCCUGGCGAGAGCGGCAAACCCGGAGAUCAGGGUGUUCCUGGAGAAGCCGGUGCCCCCGGUCUCGUUGGUCCCAGAGGCGAACGCGGUUUCCCCGGCGAACGCGGCUCCCCCGGCGCACAAGGGCUGCAAGGUCCCCGCGGGCUCCCCGGCACGCCGGGCACCGACGGACCCAAGGGUGCAACCGGCCCAGCCGGCCCCACCGGCGCCCAGGGCCCCCCAGGGCUGCAGGGGAUGCCGGGCGAGAGAGGAGCCGCCGGCAUCGCCGGCCCCAAGGGUGACAGGGGAGACGUCGGAGAGAAGGGUCCCGAGGGAGCCCCCGGCAAGGACGGCGCACGCGGUCUCACGGGUCCCAUCGGUCCCCCCGGCCCCGCUGGCCCCAACGGCGAGAAGGGUGAAUCCGGCCCCCCUGGUCCAUCCGGUGCUGCCGGUGCCCGCGGUGCCCCGGGCGAGCGCGGUGAGCCCGGCGCCCCCGGUCCCGCCGGAUUUGCCGGCCCCCCGGGUGCCGAUGGGCAACCCGGUGCCAAAGGCGAGCAAGGAGAACCCGGGCAGAAGGGCGAUGCCGGCGCUCCCGGUCCCCAAGGUCCCUCCGGCGCACCGGGCCCGCAGGGUCCAACGGGUGUAACUGGUCCCAAAGGAGCCCGGGGUGCUCAGGGCCCCCCUGGAGCCACUGGAUUCCCCGGCGCCGCCGGCCGCGUGGGACCACCCGGCCCUAAUGGUAACCCGGGCCCCCCCGGCCCCCCCGGCUCGGCUGGCAAAGACGGUCCCAAGGGCGCUCGCGGCGACGCCGGCCUCCCGGGCCGUGCCGGUGACCCCGGUCUCCAAGGCCCUGCCGGUCCCCCCGGCGAGAAAGGCGAACCUGGCGAGGACGGCCCUCCGGGUCCGGACGGUCCCCCCGGUCCCCAAGGUUUGGCAGGACAGCGCGGCAUCGUCGGGCUGCCCGGCCAGCGCGGCGAGAGAGGCUUCCCCGGGCUGCCGGGGCCGUCGGGCGAACCUGGGAAACAAGGAGCACCCGGCUCCGCCGGCGACCGCGGCCCCCCCGGCCCCGUGGGCCCCCCCGGUUUGACGGGUCCUGCUGGCGAACCCGGGCGCGAGGGUAACCCCGGCGCGGACGGCCCCCCCGGCAGAGACGGCGCAGCCGGCGUGAAGGGCGAUCGCGGCGAGACGGGUCCCGUGGGCGCCCCCGGCGCUCCCGGUGCCCCCGGCGCCCCCGGCCCCGUGGGUCCCACCGGCAAACAAGGAGACAGAGGCGAGACGGGCGCACAGGGUCCCAUGGGUCCCGCCGGCCCCGCCGGCGCUCGCGGAAUGCCGGGUCCCCAAGGGCCUCGCGGUGACAAGGGCGAGACCGGAGAGGCUGGAGAGAGGGGGCUGAAGGGUCACCGCGGCUUCACCGGCCUGCAGGGGCUGCCCGGACCACCCGGUCCUUCUGGAGACCAAGGUGCUGCUGGGCCCGCGGGUCCCUCGGGUCCCAGGGGUCCCCCCGGCCCCGUCGGCCCCUCCGGCAAAGACGGUUCCAACGGCAUGCCCGGCCCCAUCGGCCCCCCCGGCCCCCGCGGGCGGAGCGGCGAACCAGGUCCCGCGGGUCCUCCCGGAAACCCAGGUCCCCCCGGUCCUCCCGGUCCCCCCGGCACCGGCAUCGACAUGUCGGCUUUCGCGGGCCUGGGCCAGCCCGAGAAGGGUCCGGACCCCAUCCGGUACAUGCGCGCGGACGAGGCGGCCGGCGGGCUGCGGCAGCACGACGUGGAGGUGGACGCCACGCUCAAGGCCCUCAACAACCAGAUCGAGAGCAUCCGCAGCCCCGAGGGCUCCAAGAAGAACCCGGCCAGGACCUGCCGCGACAUCAAGCUUUGCCACCCCGAGUGGAAGAGCGGCGACUACUGGAUCGACCCGAACCAAGGCUGCACUUUGGACGCCAUCAAAGUUUUCUGCAACAUGGAGACGGGCGAGACCUGCGUCUACCCCAACCCCCGGAGCAUCCCCAAGAAGAACUGGUGGACCAGCAAGACCAAAGACAAGAAGCACGUGUGGUUCGCAGAGACCAUCAACGGCGGGUUCCACUUUAGCUACGGCGAUGAAGACCUGGCUCCCAACACGGCCAACAUCCAGAUGACCUUCCUGCGCCUGCUCUCCACCGAGGGCUCCCAGAACGUCACUUACCACUGCAAGAACAGCAUCGCCUACAUGGACGAGGAGACGGGCAACCUGAAGAAGGCCAUCCUCAUCCAGGGCUCCAACGACGUGGAGAUCCGAGCCGAGGGCAACAGCAGGUUCACCUACAGCGUCCUGGAGGACGGCUGCACGAAACACACCGGCAAGUGGGGCAAGACAGUCAUCGAGUACCGGUCACAGAAGACCUCGCGCCUGCCCAUUGUAGAUAUUGCACCUAUGGACAUUGGUGGAGCCGAGCAGGAGUUUGGCGUGGACAUCGGCCCAGUCUGCUUCUUGUAAAAAGAAUGGGUUUAUUUGUGUGUUUGGUUGACUGUUGUUGUUUUUUGGUUUUGUUUUGGUUUUUUUUUAAGCCCAGCCCAAUACCGUCAAACUAAAACCAAACGCCCCCCGCGUACCUUCCGACCGCUCGUCCGAUUCUGCACUGAACGGCCGCGACGACCCUCGGUUCCCGGCCCCGCGUCGGGGCCCGCGCGGCCGGGCGGGCUGCGAAAGAGAACAACCACCGUCUUAUUUAUUUAUCCAUUCUCUUCCCGUAAGACCUGUUCUAUUUCUAUUUAAGGUCAGGGGGAGGUGGGAAUGUAAGUGGCAGGUCCGAUGGCCAAAGGGACCUCGCAAAUCCGGGUACCACGAAUCCCCUCCCAUCCCGUCCCCCCCCCCCCCCCGUUAGCAGGAACGUAUCGUACGGAAAACAAAAACCCGACAAAAAUGGUGCUAUUCUUGUAAAACGAGUCUGUAUUUUUUAACAUCAGUUGAUAUAAAAAGAGAAAAAAAAUACUUUUGGUGGAAA